GGUGGGCCCCCCUUGCGGUCGACGUCGCGUUCCCCGUGGCCCUGCUGCUGUUCGUGCUGCCGGCGUGGCGCGCGCACGUGGUCCCGCAGGCCCUCGACGACCGGGGGCGCACCUCCCAGGCGCGGCCCCGCGAGGCCGAGGCGCUCUGCCGGAGCCCCGGCGGCGAGCUGGAGCUGGAGCUGGAGGCGCCGCUCGCACCCCCCAGGGCUGGCGAGCCGCGGCGAGGGCGGUGCUGUUGGCGGGCAAUAG